AUGUCAGUGAAAACAUUUCUUGUCAACUUGCGAAGCAAAAUCAAUGCAAAUGCAUUGCCUCUUCCAUACAAGUUUGUCACUGGUAACCAAUCGGCAGAUAUGGACUCGGUUAUCAGUGCUGUCUCAUAUUCGUACUUUGAAAAUCUCAAAGAUAACAACAGCUAUGUGAUUCCAUUGGUUAACAUUCCGAAGGAAGACCUCAAGUUGAGAAGAGACAUCGAAUCUUUGUUGCAAUCGCAUUCUAUUACAGAAGACUUGUUGUACUUCUUAGAAGACUUUGAAAUCUUAUCUGGUGGAGCUACCAACGAGUUGAUUCUUGUAGAUCAUUGUAAUAUCCAGGGCGACCUCUUGCACCAGCGCAUGAACGAAGGCAAGUUGAAGGUUGUAAGCAUAAUUGACCAUCAUGCAGAUGAGGGAGUUUUCUUGGAUUCUCAUCCUAGAAUCAUCCACUCCAACGGUUCUAACUCAUGUUUGGUAUUCAACUACUGGUACGAUCAGCUCGGCAGAAACGAUGCAUUGCUUAAGCAAAAUUCAGAUAUAAUAGAACUUUUAUUGGGUCCUUUACUUAUAGACACCUCCAACAUGACCCAAAAGGUGGAAGAAGGAGAUGUUUCUGCCUUCAGCAAAUAUAAGCAGAUCUUAGAUCUUGGCGCUGGCAACGCUCCUAUCAUCAAACAAUUUGUUGGCCCUGAUGCUGGUGAUGAUAUCGUUGCUGGCUUCUACAAGAAGUUGAAAACUGCCAAGAAGGACUUGAGUGGAUUCAGAUUUGUCGAUGUUUUGCGUAAGGAUUACAAGCAAUUCAGCUUUUUGAGCGGCGAUAAUGUCGGUUUCAGUUCAAUUGGAAAGUCGUUGAAAUGGGUCUUAUCCAACUACACCAUCGAAGAAAUACGCGAAACCUUAUCCAAAGCUCUUGUCGACUUCAAUGUGGAUGCCUUGGUGAUUACUUCAUCUUACACCCAGAAGGAAACGAACAUUUAUACAAGAGAGUUCUGCUACUACUACGAGGACAAGGCCAAUGCCAGAUUCAACGAAUUAGACUCGUUGGUUAAGGAGCCACUUCAAUUGAACGACUCAGUCUACGGUGCUGACAAGGUUGGAACCAAGUUAACUAAAGUCAAUACUGAUUCCAAGGGUAUAUUCAAGAUCUAUAACCAGGUGAAUAUCAAGGCAUCCAGAAAACAGGUAGUCCCUAUCGUCAAGGAAGCUCUUGAGAAAUAUAGCUUAGAUCAUACUUUGUAGAAUUGAUAUAUAGAUUCCUCAUAGAAAGCGGUAAAGACUG